CCUCCAAUAUUUAUUUACAAAGACAUGUUUUGUUUGGGUUUCCCAAUCCAAGCGUUGCCAGCUCGAUUCAUCGACGAGAAGGUGAUUCGCGGGGAAGAAACCCUAGAAGAUAGCUAGAGAGGCAGAUUCGCUGAUUCAUCUUUCCUUCUCUGCGAGUCACAUUGCAUGUGAAGAUCUUCGAUUUCCAUUCAUAUAGGAAAAGCAAUCUGGUUGGUUUCCGGGAAAGUUUCAGAGUUUCGAUGGCUAUAGGGUCGAGGAAUUUGCGAAUCUUGGCUUGUUGUCCAAAAGAAAGGAGGACCUCAUAGAAGUGAAAUGGGAAAAAAAAAAAUUAGGAUAGAUAGUAAGCGUCGGAUUUGAAUAUGUUUCACAAGUUAUGUUGGCUCCAUUAACCUGCUGCCAUGGGGAUUGUUCUUAGUUAUGGCAAAUGUCAAGGGGUCAUCGAACAUUAAAAAUGUGAUUUAUAAUGGAAAGCACCCUUUACUUCCUCCUAAAAGUCCAUUUCCAACUACUGCUCCAUCAUAUGUUGAUUACAUAUCUAGUCCUGCUAUUGGACCAAAAGGCAUUGCAAAGCCAAGAGAGAUAAAUUCACACCACCAACGCACUUCCUCUGAGAGUUUUCUAAUGGAGGAGCAACCUUCAUGGCUGGAUGAACUCCUUAAUGAGCCAGAAACGCCUGUACGGAAAGGAGGCCAUCGGCGUUCAUCGAGCGACUCUUUUACAUAUGUAGAUGUUGUUAAUGCUUCUCCCAUAGAUUACGUGCCUCAAGAUGGGCAGAAAUAUAAAAAUUUGAUUUCAGCGCCUUCAUGGGGAUCCCAAGACUAUGAACAUUACAAAGAUGUGCAGCAUGAUUCUUUCUACGCAGAACCGAAGUCUUUGGGAAAAUCGAAGAAUCUAGCAUGGGAUCUGUCUUUGAGUACAAAGGCACGCCCAAGUGCCCUUCCUUCUGGUAGAGACAUUCAAAGCUCAGGUUCAUCAUGUGUUCCACAGGAAUUAGAACAGGUUUCAUCUACAGACACUGAAAAGCAGGAUUUAGCUGAGUCAGGCCUGCAUGAUCCCAAAGCUGCUUCAGAGAGAAAAGAUCCUUCUCAUGCUAAGCCUUCUGCAUCUGAAGCAGAUACAAAACGUGCUAAGCAGCAAUAUGCUCAACGUUCACGGGUCCGGAAGCUUCAGUACAUAGCUGAGCUGGAAGGGAAUGUCCAAGCUUUACAGGCAAAGGGAUCAGAAACAUCAGCUGAGCUUGAAUUUCUCAACCAGCAGAAUCUGAUUCUGAGCAUGGAGAACAAGGCCCUCAAGAAACGGUUAGAUGGUCUAGCCCAGGAGCAGCUUAUUAAGUACUUGGAGCAUGAAGUACUAGAGAGAGAACUUGGAAGGCUGCGAGCCCUGUAUCAGCAGCAGCAACAACAGCAGGAACAGCAACCACCAUCUUCUGGCCAUAGACGCACCAACAGUAGAGACCUUGAUUCACAGUUUGCGAAGCUUUCGAUGAAACACAAGGAUAACAGUUCUGGCCGCGUCCCCAUAUCUGGUCCACUUCACAUAUGAAAUAUGAUGAUGUAUAAUAGCGCUAGAAAACCAUGCCAUGCCGUCUUUGGUUUGGAUGUUGCCAUGCCAGUGACGACAGUUGGGCCUCUGCUUUGCGCUGGAAAUAGGCAUAUUCCCUUCCAGGCGCCGUGCCGCCUUUCCAGAAUGUGGUUGUGUUAGAUGCUCUUGCCUCUCUUCUCUUCUAGCUGUUCAUUUCCUGCUUGUAAUUUGCGCAUUCUCUCUUAUCAAUCAAUCUAGUAUGGAUGUGCACCUGGUAGUCGAUGAUGCCGAGAACUGUGUAUCUGGCAGACUCACCUGAGGUGGUGGUGACCUAUAAGACAUGACUGAUGAUAUGAUCAUCUAUCCCCCUUGUAUGUUGCAGUGAUUCAAAUUCAUCAUUUCCUUUCAGUUUCCUCUCCCCGUCCUAAUUACUAGUGACACCCCCCCCAUUGCGACUCUCAUUGCUGUGACAUUAAUGUGUAAUAAUAAAAAGCGUUGCUUUGCUUUGCUCAA